AGUACGCAUGCGCAAAGAUUUACACAGCAGGUAAACUCCACCAUGGCGGCGAGAGGCCAUGUGCAAGAUCCUAACGACAGGAGACUCAGACCUAUUUAUGAUUACCUUGACAAUGGCAACAAUAAGAUGGCAAUACAGCAGGCGGAUAAACUGCUGAAGAAACAUAAGGACCUCCACUGUGCCAAGGUGUUGAAGGCUAUCGGUCUUCAGAGGACGGGGAAGCAGGACGAAGCCUUCACUUUGGCCCAGGAGGUGACCGUCCUGGAGCCCACCGAUGACAACUCACUUCAAGCUCUGACUAUACUGUACAGGGAGAUGCAUCGUCCCGAGCUGGUGACUAAGCUGUACGAAGCUGCAGUGAAAAAGGUCCCUCUCAGCGAGGAGUAUCACUCUCACCUCUUCAUGGCUUACGCUCGCGUGGGAGAGUACAAGAAGAUGCAGCAGGCAGGAAUGGCCUUGUAUAAAAUUGUCCCUAAGAAUCCAUAUUACUUCUGGUCUGUCAUGAGUCUGGUGAUGCAGGCAAUCUCAGCAAAAGAUGAAAAACUGGCCCAAACCAUGUUCCUGCCUCUGGCUGAACGCAUGGUGGAGAAAAUGGUGAAGGAGGAGAAAAUCGAAGCAGAAGCUGAGGUGCAGCUAUAUUUUAUGAUCCUGGAGCGUCUGGGAAAGUGCGAUGAAGCUCUCGAAGUGAUCAGGGGUCCGCUGGGAGAGAAACUGACAAGUGAGCUGCAGAGCAGGGAGAGGAAAUGCAUGAUGCUCUACAGGCGUCUAGAACGCUGGCCAGAGUGCAACGCCCUGGCCCAAAAGCUGCUGCUGAAAAAUCCUGAUGAUUGGCAGUUCUAUCCCUCCUACUUUGACUCUCUGUUCUACCUAAUGGAUCAACCAUGGAGUCCGCCAGAAGAAGGCGAACACUGCUCAGAGGGUUCAGUUCAUCACACCGUGGUGGAGGUGGUGAGGUUUGUGGAGGAGAGAAUUAAGGCAGAAGACGGCAAAGACUCUCGUUCUCUCAGAGGGCCUUAUUUAGCUCGUCUGGAAUUGAUUCACAGACUGAGAGAAAGAGGCUACCCUGAAGAAAACCUGCCAGGCGAACCUUUAGACCUGAUGGUGCAGUUCUUCAGGAUGUUUGGAGACAAACCAUGCUGCAUCACCGACUUGAAAAUAUACCUUCAUCUACUAGCUCCUGACCAACACGUUCAGUUUAUCAACCGGCUGAGUGAGCUGGUUCCAUUGGGAGAGCAGGGGGAGGACGGGUUCACUUUCCCAGAGGACACCAAAUCCCUACAGAGGCAUUUGUGUGUUUGUCAGCUGAGUCGGGCCCUGGGGUUGCAUCAUUCUUUGGACGUCAGUGGGAAGCUACGCCUCAUCACCGAGCUGAAGGCUCACUAUCGCCACGGACUCAAGUUUGGGAGCACCGCCCUGAAGACAGAGCUGCAGUUCUCUGACAUGUACUGCCUCAUGGCAGCUCAUGUGUACAUAGACCUGUGGACAGAAACAGGGGAUGAGGACAUGGUGUGGCAGGGUUUAGGGCUCUUAGAGGAGGGUCUGUCUCACAGCUCCUCAAACGCCCAGUUCAAGCUUCUGCUGCUGCUCCUCUACUGUCGCCUGGGAGCCUUUGAGCCUGUGGUGGACCUUUAUUCCAGCCUGGAUGCCAAGCACAUACAGCACGACACCAUAGGGUUUCUUUUAACACGUUAUGCUGAGUCUCUGGGUCAGUUUGCUGCUGCUUCCCAGUCCUGCAACUUCUCCCUCAGGUUUUUCCACUCCAACCAGAAAGAUACCUCAGAGUACAUCAUCCAGGCAUACAAGUACGGCGCAUUUGAAAAAAUCCCAGAGUUCAUUGCUCUCAGGAACAGGUUGAACCAAUCGCUGCACUUUGCCCAGGUCCGCACUGAAAGGAUGCUGCUCGACUUGUUCCUUGAGGCAGAUAUCGUCUUGAGUCUAGAGGAAAGUGUUAAGGCCAUGUCUUUGUCUUCAGAGGAAGACGAUAUCCCCUGGGAUAGUUUAAGGGACAACAGAGACCUUACUGUAUUUACAAACUGGGACCCUAAAGAAAGGCAGUUAACUGAUGAACACCGGAUUCGGUCUCUAGAAGAGGAGUCCAUGUGGUUGCAGAUACGCUCUCUGACGUUGCGCUUACUCGCCUCGCUCACAGCAUCAGGACACGCUCCCUCACAGCAAAACUCCGAGAUAUCCAACGAGAACGGAGUCGGGGACAAAAGUUCGCUCCUCCGCAGCCUGCUCUCCCAGCUCAACCAGACGCUACAGACAGCAGCGCAGAUCGCAGAAAAACAUGUACAGUACCCCCUCCUCGGACCCCCCUCCACCCGGCUGGCCUCAGCGCUGUCCAUCGGCAGCUGUCAGUGUCAGGCUGCAGCCCUGCAGCUCUCUCUCCACCUGCAGGAGCUGGAGUCGGCCGGACUCGAUGAAUCAACGGAGCUUCAGACUCAGAUUUGUUACGUUUUUAAGUCAUUAGUAGUUCAGCUUCAAGAGAUGCUUAAUAAAUGCAAAGGGGACUUAUUGGAAAUGAAAGAGAGCAAAUUAAAAACCCAACCCUUCUUCUUAGAAAAUCUCGUUUUCUUUGUUGAGACAGUGAGUGUAGUGUUGUGGACUGCUAGCUACUGUGCCAAGAUCCUGCGACCACUCAAGUCAAGUUUACAGAAGAAGAAAAAGAAGAAAAAGGAUGCUAAUGCAGCUCUGCCGUUGGUGGUGUGUGGAUUCCAGGAGCUGACUGGGAGCUUGCAGGCCAUUCUUUCCCAUGCUGUGGAUCACAUCAGGGGGCAAGAGUCUGGCAUUACAGCCCAAAGAUUGGCCAGUUUAUCCUUGGAAGGAACCUCACAGGAGGAGGCGUCGUUUACAAAGGCUGCUAUGGACAAAGUGCAGGGCAGUUACCUGCGCUCGCUACAGGAGGUGGGAGAUCUACUCAAAAAGAAAGCUGAAACUAUAAAGAACCUUAAAAUCUGAGCAUUACACACCCUGGACUGACGAUGACUGUAACCCCCCCAUCACACACACCCCUCUGUCUGGUGUCAGCCCACCAGCUUCCCUGCGAGUCAAACAGAAACCUGGUCAUGCUGUCUGUUUCUGACCUCUUCACUACUUUGAGCGGUUGUGAGCUCUGUGGAUUUUUCCUCCUGCUACCCGUCACCACACGCCUCUGGAACACAUGCAACUCUAAUAGCACAUAAGCCUGUAAGUAAACUCAUGAACUGAUGCAGCAUCUGCGAAUAAAAACAAAAGGUGCACUCUUUUAAAGAAUUAUCUCACAUUAGGAAAAAUGAAUAUACAGUUUUAGAAUCUAAUAAAUUAUUGUACAUAAUAUAAACCAUAACUCCUUGACUUAGUGAGAGUAUAAGACACAAUAAACCACUAUCCUGUUUGUUGGUAAGUGUCCUGUUUUCUGGUGACGUCACGAACAAUCGCAGUAACUCGCAGUGAGACGCACAACUUCAGCUCUGAGGAGGAAGGAUCUGUCAACAUGCUGCUUUAUUUUCCAGCUGCUUCUCUGCUUUCGCAGCACAUGGGGACAAUUUUUCUGGUGACUUCAAUCUUUAGGGAAAAAAACGAACACAUGGCAGCCUUUUGGACUGACUACUGUCCCCGUUUCAGAAUAAUUUUGUCUUUUUUGUUUUGGUUGGCUUCCUGUAUGUUGUGUGUUGCUUUGAACCACCCCUGUAGUUGCAGUAUUACAAAGAGAUGAGCUAUAUAACAGGAUGUUGUUUUUUUUAAUAAACGGUGUGUCCACCUUUUUUUUUUUUGUUUCUUUUUAAAGAAGUGGUGCUUGUGAGCAAGUCUGUUGUGAAAUCCAGACCUGGUUUAAGACUCAACUAAUUCUCAUUAUUUAAAUGAUCAUUUAAAUGAUGAUCUUGACAUGAAUGUUUACCAAAAACGUGCUGCAGGCUGGUGAGAUUGAUGCAUCUUUAUGCAACAGAUCUCAUUGUGUAUGAAGUUAGAAAUACCCAUUUACCUGAUGCUUGUGUGUUUUGCGGGCAUUCAGCUCUGGAACUGGUCUCAAACCAAUGGAACAUCGGACCUGAGUGUAAAUAAAACCUAAGGGCAGCCUUUUCAAAGUACAGUGUGAACGGAGUUUAAAUGGGUGUUUGUUUUUUGGGGGGGGGGGGGGGGGGGGGGUUUCGCAGCUGCAGUAGAAAGUAACAAUUUGUCCUAUAUUUGGGGUCCUCCCUGCUUUAGACACCCACUUAUUUCACUGUAAAAAAAAAAAAAGUGAACCAAACUGAAUUUUCAUGCUUUUUUAUAUAACUGCCUCACUUGGGGAGCACUGACUGUUUAACCCGCUGAUGGGUUUUUGACUCAUUUAAGGAAUUUGUCAUAGAAGGAUGACUAUAUAGGAAACGGCCCCCCCUACCUCCUUCUUGUGAGUCUUUCCUCUCCUUUUUCAUAUGCGAAAAUGAACACCUUGUGUUUUUGCUUUUAAAAGUCGAGUCCUUUUUUUGUGUGAUUGGAUUUGCGGCUGCAGAGAAGAUCUUGGUGAUCUUACGUGUGUUCACAAUAAGGGUUGACAAUCUAGAGUGUCGUCUCAUUGCCCUGUUUUAUUAGAAAAUGGAAAACACAAACACUGGAAUGUUGAUGCUUUUUUUAAAAUAAAGGGUAAAUGUGAUAA